AUGGCAAAUCGCCCGCGCAGUCGUGUUGCGCCUGCGCCAGCCAUGGCGGCUGCCGGCAUGCCCGAUAUAGAGGCACAUCUAUCCCAAAUAAAAACGCGCUCCAUCGAGAAAACGCUACUCCCACUCAUCAAGCAGAUUAGCAGCCUGGUGGCGACUCGGGGAGAGGCAGCUGCAGGGGGCGCGGCGGUGCAGCGUGUAGGUGCCGCUGUCUGCUGUGCUGUCGAGAGAUUUGUUGCCGUUGGUGAAACUAUAGCUGACGAUAAUCCCGACGUUCGACACAGUAUGGUGCUUGCUUGCAAAGAAGCCAGGGCUGCAGGUCGGGCGAUAGAGCGGGUGUGUACGGGAGCAGACGGUUCUGGCAUGAUAUCGGCAGCUAGAGCCUUGCUGGCCUCUGUUACACGGGUACUACUAUUGGCCGACAUGGUUGUUGUAAGGCAACUGCUGCUGGCUAAGGAUAAGGUUGCGCGAUCGUUAGAUCGUUUAGAGUCUGUGUCCAACUUUGCUGAGUUCGUUCGUGCAUUCACUGAGUUUGGAGGUGGGAUGGUGGAGUUAGCGAGGCUUACAGCAGAGAGACGAGCAGACCUCAGGGAUGAGAGAAGAAGAGCACAAGUAGCCGCUGCCAGAAACGUUCUGGAACGUUCAACACUGAUGCUCCUCACGUCGUCUAAGACAUGUUUAAGACAUCCGGGCAGUGCGUCAGCUAGAGAAAACCGUGAUACAGUUUUCUGUCAAAUGCGACGCGCGAUGGACCUCAUACACUACGUGGUACGGGACGGUCUCCCGGGACACGACGAUCAAUCCCACGAGGCUUCACAAUGGGAAGCAGGAACAGCGUUAGGAGCACUUCGUGGUCUUUCAACACAAGUAAGAGCUGCUAGAGCUCGGGGCGGUGCAGACGGUGGGAGAAGAAGAGCGCUGGCAGCAACCCUUAGAGCCCUAGUUGAAAGAACGCAUGACUUCACCGACUCCGCGUACACGUCGCACGAGCAUAGACAAAGAAUACUAGCCCUAGCCGAGAGGAUAGCCUACGAACUGGAAAGACUAGUCGCCGUCGCUGUAUCAUUAGAAGAACAAGCCGGAAGUGGUAGUGGAGCGGCAUUAGAAAGUGCGUGUACAGGAGCAACUAGUGCUGCCUCAGAACUUGAACGAGCCCUGGUGGCUGCAGCAAGGGACCAGGCCCGAGAUCUAGCUCCUCUUGCUGAAGAAGCGAGAAAACUCGCUUCAGAUCUAGCGCACAUAGGUAAUCUUCAACGCAAAAUAGCAAGCACCUGCGGUGAGAGAGAAUCAGAGAGACUGCACAAUAUAGCUAGCCAGCUGCACGAACAAUUGGAUCAUAUAAUUGAGGUGUGUAAAUUACUCAGACACAUAGCGAUGUCAGAAACACUUCAAGUAAGUGCGAAAUUCGCUGAAAUAAACCUUAGAAUAUAUGGACCGCAAGUGGUUACUGCAGCAAGGACUCUGGCUGCACAUCCAAAUAGCGCUGCAGCCAGAGAGAAUCUCGAUGUGUUCGUUGACAUGUGGGCGUGGCUGUUAGCUGAUGCGGCUCGUCUCGCUAAAGAACUGCUUGAUCUAACAGAUGAGAGGCCAGACAAACAACAAUAUAGCAGCCUACCUAGACCUGGAAAACAUGGAACAACAAGUAAACCGUUGAAAGCAGUGAAACUGGAUUCCGAUGAGCAGGCGAAAAUAGCUAAAUCGGGUUUAGAAAUGAAAAUGAUGUCUUCGGAAAUGGAUGCAGAGACUGAAAAAUGGCAAGGAGCCGAUGAAAACAACGACAUUGUGAAGAGGGCGAAAAAUAUGUCUUCCAUGGCCUUCGCUAUGUACCAAUUCACAAAAGGUGAAGGUCGACUUAACACUACACAAGACCUCUUCACACAAGCCGAAUACUUCGCAGAAGAAGCGAAUAGAUUAUAUAAAAUCGUUCGGCAAUUUUCCUAUCAGGUACCUGCCGGAACAAUAAAGAAAGAGUUACUUGAACAUUUAGAUAAAGUUCCAACGUACGUACAACAGCUUCAGUUCACCGUGAAGGAGCCAACUGUAGGCCGAGCGGCGACCUUUAGCAAAGUAGAUAACGUCAUUCAAGAAACUAAACAUUUAAUGAAUGUCAUCAGCAAAGUCGUCACUACUUGCUUCGACUGCGCAAACAAGUACAAAUUGGACUUCACGGGUCUGUCGGCUGCGGGAGCAGGAAGAGGUAGCUCCAGGGACGAGGAGGCAGCGGGCGGCGGAGGGGGAGACGCGAAGCCCGGGGGGAGCUCAUCAGAGUCGGCCAUGUGACAGUACGGCAUGGGCCGGCGCGGCAAGGGCGACGCGCGCCGGACCAGAGUCAGCUUCCUCUUGUUUUAAGACAAACGUCUUGGAACUCGUCGCCACCGCCGGCAGGACAAACGGUUGAUUAAGGUGCCCAUCUUUGUCUAACAAUCGAGUAAUGAAAAUGGUUUUAUUUCAUGAUUGAAAUCUAUGAUUUACGAAGUUAUUAUGUCAAUUAUUUUUUUACGUCUCAUAAAAGUAGGUAGAUAGAUAGGCAUGAAAUAUUUUGUGAACGAAAUAUAAACAAUUUAUUUUCGUGUAGUAAUGAUGCGUGAGAACAAAGAUGCAACCUUUUUUAAAAGUUUGUCCUGAGCGCCACAAAAGAUUAGAUAGUUACCUUGAAACGGGAAACAUAUUAGUUAGAGUACUAAUGUUUCAGAGAAGUAGUACAUAUUAUUUUAUCAUUUAUUUGUGCGUUCACAAAGAAUUAUUUUCUUUGAAAUAUUUUGUUUCACAGUAAUGGCAUAAAUUGUAAAACCUUAUUCUUAACAACCGAAGUGGCGCUAUAUUCCGGCUAAUGAGGUAAUGUAUUAAAUAAUUGCUGUUAAUACGCGAUUGUUUAAUGGAUUGCUCCUUUUAUAUUUUAGUCAAGAUGGACAGUACGAUGUAGCUAUAUAUUUUACAGACCACUUGCGACACACAAAAAGCGUACUCAGAUUUUUCAUAAGGUUUAUUACAAUUAACGCACUCUUGCGGACGCGACGCACUUGGCUGUGGAACUAACGUAUAUUAAUUAACAUAAUAUUACAUAGUUUUUUAUAUAAUAAUUUACUACUAGUUUUACGCCGCGUCGCAUUAUAAUUCUAAAACUGUAAUAGCUAGCCAUAUACUAUUAAAAGCUGCUGACCGUUAUUACACUCAAGUAUCGAAUUAUUUCUUGUUGUAAACGUAUUGUGAUUAAGUCAAAGUAAAUAAAGAGUGAAAACGUACAAUAAUAAAUACGAGAUGUUGUUACACUAUAUAUAAUGUUACUCAUUGUUACAUUAAAUACUUAAGCAUUAACACAAUUUAUCCUAUUUCUUUUAUGUUAUCCUUUUAUACUAAUUCCAAUGUGUGUAUUGGUAUUUAAUGAUAUGUAUUUAAUAUUAUUUCCCUUACUAUAACUAUCCUAUAAUGUAUAGACGCUUCGACCUUAUGCACAAUGCUCUUUCCAUGUUCCUGUAGUAUAUUUCGUUAUCAUGCACGUAAGCUUCUUCUUUUUAUUUCAGCUCUGUUUAUAGAACAACCAUACAUGAUUUGCCAAAAAUAAUUCUAUGGUCAGACAACACAACUCGCGCAUUUGAUGUUACACUAUGCUGAUAAUUGUUUUCGUUUUAAUUCCUGUGUAAAUAUAUUGUCUGUUUUGAUACCUGAAUUGCGAGCGAUACAACGGUCGGACAUUGCAUGACUGUGGACGAAAAAAGAACAUAGCUGUGUGUUGCAUGUGUGUUAAUAAUCGUUUUUGGAUGUCGUACUUCAUCUUUCAGACGGGGGGAUGUUUAGUAUUAAGAUGGGGGAACUUGACUCUGGUGGCUGAGUGUACAGCACCCACGUGGCCCGAGAAACCUGCAGUGUUAUAUAGACCCGGAGGAAAAACGAACGAACGUGUGGCGCUAUCACAGCACAUCAUAUCAAUUAAAAACAAUUAAAAAAGUCAAAAACUUAAUGAAAAUAAUGUAUAAAGUAUAUAAAGACAGUGCUGAGAUAAAGUCACAAGACAAAUUUCAUUUCUUAUUGUGUUCUGCAUGUCAAUGUAUUGCGGCUGCUACGUGUUACGCAAACACCUCGCUCGGCAUGUCGCGUCGUCUCCUGAUAGCUGCAAUUAGUUGGAAUACCAUACGGCAAUAACAUAACAUAUCAGGCGGUAUAGAUAAAUACUACGAUGUUACUAAUAUUGAAACGUUAUUUAGUGUUUAAGUGACAUUGUUUUUUUACAAGUAAUAGAAUGUUGUUAAUGACUAACUAACGUGCCUCGCUGAAUAACGAUCGGAAUUUUCACUAUACAUAUAUAUAUGAUAGUUCGCGACUUCAUAAAUAUUUAAUAUUUUCUUGUUUUUUUUUUUAUGUAUCAAAACUCUAUUCAUGGUUCGUUUAGAAUAAAUUAGGUGUAUGAGAUAUUAUAAAUGUACAUAAACGUCUACCUCUUAAAAAGGGAUCGAGACCAUUUAGUGUAUAUGUAUAAUAAAUUAGGGAGCUAGAAUUAAGUUGAUCGCAAAACAUGUGCUUCAUCACUAUUCUUAUCUAUUCUUUUAUAAUGAAUUUGUCUCUGGAUUAUGUUCUGAUCUUUCGUCUCUGGUCUAUAUAACACUUUCUGUUUUAUUUAUUCUUCUGAGUCUGUGUUUAACUGUUAUGAUCUGUAAACACCAAUACACGGUUUAAAUUAUAUAUUAUUAUAAAUAUAAGUGACAUAAGUGCACAUUGUAAUAGAUAUAUCAUUGCUUGUUCAGGGGUUCGUUUAAAAAAUCGGUCCGUAAUAAUUUUAUAAUUGUUAAUAUAUAUAAUAAUUAGGUAAUAUAAAUAAAAGUAUUUGAUUAAUUUAAUAAAGAGCUUGAUCAAGCUUUAUGUAAGAGUUGUGAAUCGAACUUGCGGCCACGAGUAGAUAUUAUGAUAUAAUAAUAAUUUAAAUAUCUAUAAUUUUAUGUUCGUUUUAAUUUUGAUUUCAUUAUAGUUACAGAGAUAAAUAGAUUCAACCCUAUGUUUGAGUACGUAGGGAUAUUAAAUAUAGCUUUUUUUAUUGUUCAACAUCGUUAUUGAAAGAAAUUUGUAAAGUAAUUUAUACUAUAUGAAUUAUAAAUAUAACUAUAAUUCAUAUUAUUAUAUCUAUAAAUAUUUUUUAAAAACAUAAAAUUAUAUUUAAAAUAUUUAAAUGAGUGAACUAUUUAUAUAUUGGCUCGCAUGUUGUUCGAAAUGUUAAAAACUUUACUAAAACGUCUUUUAUCGACCUAGAAUAAUUAUUAUAAUUUCAUAUAAAGAUUAUUAUCGAAGUAGACUGCUAGACGCUAGCAUUAACUAGGGAUACUUAUGCUGCCAGCUACAUGCGACACGAUUCACUAGAAAUAUUGUAAAGGCAUAAGUAGAAACUAUACAUUUAUAUGCAAUAGAAGCCAUCGUGCCUCGUUACGUAGUACCUUAUAUAAUAACCAUAAAGGCAAUAAUCGCACAUUUUAUAACCAUAUUAAAAAGAAAAGUAUUUGAAGAUGUUAAUACAGGACAAUUUUAAAAGAUGUCGAAUAUAAAUUAAGAAUGAAUAUUUACAUUUUCACGCUAUUUAAUUUAAUUGAAUAAAGGGCUAUUUCAAUUAAAAUUCUCUCGCACGACUAUUAAAAUUCUAUGAUCUACUUUUAUCGGCUAUAAAUCACUACUGAUUAGUAUAGUACCUAGUUAAACAGAUUUGUGAUAUUAAAAGAUACAUUUGAAAAUUAGUACAACGUCCUCGAUUAUUUCAAAUUAUUUAUGUAGAAAAAUUUGUAGGACACAAGAGAACACCAAUGUUAAUCGUAAUAUUAAUAUUAAAGUAGUUUGUAUGAAGACGAAACAGAACGCGAGAAGGAAUGAAAAUUUAAACUUUUAACAUUUACGUUAAAAUAUUAUCAGUUUCAUUAAUUUUAAAAUAAUAUAACUACAUUAUAGAUGCAUUGUCAAUAUAUUUGACUAACAAAUAUAACUGGGACAGACCCAAGUAUAUGUAUGGAAGUUACUUUAAAUGUUACAAUCGCACUGUUUCAGUUUAAUCUAAAGGUCAGUACAAUAAAUAAAUAUACUUUUAUUCUUUUUAUGUACAAACUAUCGAGAGCCUGACGGUGAAACCCCCGAAGAGUAAUGUUGUAAAUAUUCUAAAUAGUAUAAUCAAAAUGAUUGGAUGGUCGAAUCAAUUUAAGAAUAAUAUAAUUAUAAGAGCGAAAUAAUUAGUAUUGACAAGAAACUGUUGUGAUCGUUAUAAUAUAUUCAAAGUUGCAUUUUCAUUAAAUAAUAUAAAGAAUAAUAAUUAGUAAUAUAUUUUCCAUAGUGCUGCCAAAAGUUUUAAUAUAAAUAGGCGUAGUAUUGUUGUAUAUGUAACGGGAUAUUUCGAGGUUGUAUCUGUAAGUGGAUUGUAUUUCAAUGUUCCGAUGUAAGUGAAUUAUGGCAUUGUGUGUGCGGACGGCGCUGUUCGCGGAACACCAUGUUUGUACCGCGUGGAGUAUCGGUGUUCACGGACAGCGUUGAGUCCGCGACAUUAUUUAUUCUGCAUAUAAUUAAAAAAAAAUUCUUACGAAAAA